AUGUUGAAGCAACUCUUGGGGAUCACAGCGAUCGCCAGUGUCUUCGCCAGUGCGAGUCCACUGGAGGAGCGACAGACUGUUCAGGGCGUUCAGAAUGCCCUUGGCAUAGGAAAGGACCCGAGCGCUUUCUCACAAGUGGUGUCCGGGACUCGCCAGUACUAUUUUCCAAACAUUGCCGUGCCGGCCGCCAAUGGCAGAAACUUGGUAACGCUCCAAAUUUCGAAUGAUCUCAACACUGUCUUGUCAGACCAGGCGAACGACUACACUAUCUGGAACACGACGUAUACCCCCAACGAUACCGGCUUCUAUAAAUAUGGCACCAAUAACUACAUCAUCACGGUCGCCAUCAAUCCUCAGAGCAGUGGCAUCAGGGUGUUGCAAAACACGGGAACUGAUCUUACCAAAGGCUGGAAGGAACUCGGACAGAUUAAAGAUGAAAAUGGCAAGGUCCUCGUCGGGUACGACAGUCAAGCGUUCGACGUCAACGGCAAGAAGUACCUCUUGUACGGAUACUCCGGCCACAGCAUUUACAUUGCUCAGCUCACCAGCGAGACAACUGUUGCAAAUGCUGCUCUCAUUGUCAGCACGACAGGGAAUCCGCCUGUGCAAGAAGCCCCUGGCGCACUAGUGCAGGGUGAUACCGUGAACAUUUUCUGGAGCGAGAAUAUGUAUCAGACCCCCUUUUACAACGUCCGGCGGCUCUCUACAUCCACCAGCUCCAACCUCGUCAGUCGUAGCACAUGGAGCGGACUGCCCAUUACCACCAUUCUGCAGAACAGCACCACCAACGGUGUUCAAGGUCCAGGUUCCGCCUCGACAUUUACUGGCCCCGACGGCAAACCCUGGCUCGCGUACGACUGUUAUUACAGCAAAGAUGGGAGUUUUGUUGGUCCAAGGAAGGUACAAGUGCAGCCAAUCACAUUCACUGGGAAUGGUAAUGUGAUGGCUUCUAUGGUUCCGCUGAAGCCUACUCGCUUCAAUACCUGA